GUGUGGGUUGCAGGGGUCCCGCCCUGGGGCCGGGCACCCGCGUCCCCAAUGCGGGCAGGAGCCCGCGCUGGGCCAUGAGCAACGCGACGGCCCCCACGGCCCCGGGCACGGCGGGCGACUCGCUGGUGGGCUCCGUGCUGGGCCCCUUCCUCUUCCUCACCCUCCUCGGCGCCGUCCUGGCCGCGGUGAUGUACGUGCAGAAGAAGCGCAGAUCUGAGCGGCUGCGGCACCGGCUGCUGCCCAUGUACAGCUACGACCCGGCCGAGGAGCCGCCCGAGUCCGAGCAGGAGCUGCUGGUGGAGGCCGAGGAGGCUCAGGUGGUGCCUGGCUGGGGGGGUCUCUCGCCCCCUCGGCCCCCACGCAGGGACUGGAGGGCCUGACCCCGCCCGGAGCACAGGACCAGAUCCUGCCCACGGGAGGGAAGGGAGGACGGUGCUGGCGCCGUGGGACGGGCAGGACGUGCCCGCAGUGGUGCCCCCAGCACCCCCCACCCCAGCACUGACCGGCGGGGACAUCUCCCACCUCAGCACCUGGUUUUGCCAUUUUUUUUUUUGCUUGAACUGCUCCAGCAGCCCCUUGGAAGGCUCAAGGUGGGGCAGCAGGGCUUGGCAGGGAAGAGUGGGCUCCAGACACUGUGGGAUACCCGGGGGGAGAUGGAGCAAAUAAACGUCUCUGCCUUUGGC